ACCUACAGAGUAAUGAGUAAAGUUACUUUUCACACCUGUUUAGUAUAGUAGUAUAUUAUUGUACAGCAGGGCAGUGGAGUGUUGCAGUACCGCGCGUGGCCGCCAGUAGUCGCUGAUGAGCAGGAAUCAGCUGAGCGCUACAGGAAGUCUGGGAAAGUCUGAAGGAAAAUAACAUCCGGGAAAAGAAGGAACUUUACAACCAAAACAACAACAAACCCGAGAUUCACCUAAAUAUUAAUAUUCAUAUUAAUAUUCAUACCGAGGAGCUGAUCUACACUCAGACUGGAGCUUCAUCACCUGCACUGUGAUGGCAAAUCCGCUCAGUAUUCAGAUGCCCAGUAAGAGCUGGGAGCUGAGUUUAUAUGAGCUACACCGAACUCCUCAGGAGGCGAUAGUGGACAGUACAGAGAUCGCUGUGUCCCCCCGGAGUCUCCACAGUGAACUGAUGUGCCCCAUCUGCCUCGACAUGCUGAAGAACACCAUGACCACCAAAGAGUGCCUCCACCGCUUCUGCUCCGACUGUAUCGUUACUGCUCUCAGAUCAGGUAAUAAGGAAUGUCCCACCUGUAGGAAAAAGCUGGUAUCGAAGCGUUCUCUCAGGAGGGAUCCGAACUUCGACGCUCUGAUCUCUAAGAUCUACCCGAGUCGAGACGAGUACGAGGCUCAUCAGGACCGGGUCCUGGAGCAGCUCAGCCGCCUGCACAACAAGACCGCCCUCAGCACCAGCAUCGAGGAGGGGCUCCGCAUGCAGGCCUUACACAAGCCGCAGCGAGUACGGAAGCCGCAGCAGGAGAGUGAUAACACCACCUUAAGCGGAGGAGAAGAUAACGCAGACUCCCGAUCACACGUCUCACACGACUCCGCCCCCUCACACAUGAACUCCGCCCCCUCCAGCCACACCCCCGAGGCGGGGCCGAGUCGCAGCAAGAGGCGGCGAGGGUCCGACGAAUCCGAGGCCGAGGCAGGGACCCCCCGCCCCCCGGGCCAAAGCUCCGCCUCCGAGAUAGAGCUGGUGUUCCACCCACACCCCCUACUGACCGACACGGAGAACUACAGCCAGACCAGGUACGUAAAGACCACCGCUAACGCUACAGUGGACCACCUGUCCAAAUACCUGGCCCUGCGCAUCGCCCUGGAGCAGCAGCAGCAGCAGCAGCAGGACACGCCCCCUCGCACACAGCGGCCAGAGGAGGAGGAGGAGGCGGGGCCGAGGGAGGAGGGAGGGGGGCGGAGCCUGCAGAACAUCAGCGAGAAACAGUACACCAUCUACAUCACCACCGCCGAGGGACAGUUCUCCACGCUGAACGGCUCUCUGACGCUGGAGCUGGUGAAUGAGAAGUACUGGAAGGUGACCAAACCUCUGGAGCUUUAUUACGCCCCCACCAAAGAACAGCAGCAGCAGCAGGACCCUCCCAAAUCCCCCCCGACCGGACCCUCUCAACCCUGAUACACACCUGAACAACCACCCGCAUCAGAACCAGCCGACCACACCGUGAACUUCCCCCACAGCGUCAGCAUGUGUUAGCACUGCUGAAUUACUGUGAUGGACCUAUAGACUGGAGUGGGCGGAGUUUACUGGUGUGGUUUAGCAGGUGGUUUAAGUGGUUUAUUUCACAAAGCAGGACUUUUAACAGCUCAUUUUAUUACAUUAAAAACAUCAUUAAAAUGAUUUUAAAUGAUUUACCAGUUUUAAAACGGCACUACUAGCGGUGACCGACUGUCGUAUGUGAUGCUUCCCAGAUUAUUUAUCCCACCAUUUUACCUGGCAACCUGGGCUCAAAUCAGCAGCUCUAAAUAUGUCUUGUAGUCCUUCUGGGAUUUAAGUGUCUCCAUCUGUCAAAGGCAUUGCCGAUGUUUGUUUACUGCCAUUUUACUCUGUCUCUGAUCGUAAAGCUUUUUAAAAGGAUGUUGAGAGUGGGUUUACUCGCUUUUGUGUUCUAUACCUGGCUACCCGGGGUGUGGCAAUAGGUCUGAAUCUGUCUUGUAGUCCUUCUGGGAUCUAAAUGUCUCCAUCAAUCAAAGGCAUUGCUGAAUAUUACUGGUGUUUCAGUCUGUAUCUGCUUAUGGGGCUUUUUAGAAGGAUGUUGAAAAUGGGUUUGCCUGCUUUUAUGUUCUACACCUGGCAACCCGGGGGGUGGCUUUAAAACUGGGGAAUGGGCUGUAAAGUGGGCGGGGUCAAAAGCAGUUUUUUACUCCAUAACAAAGGCAGGACUGAAGCUCAGCAUCAACCUGUUCUGGAGAAAAUCAGCAGCUUUGAAUGUGUCUUGUAGUCCUUCUGGGAUCUAAGUGUCUCCAUCUAGGAAAGGCAUUGCCGACAUUUACUGGUGUUUUAGUCUGUAUCUGCUUAUGGGUCUUUUUAGAUGGAUGUGCAGACUGUGUUUGCCUGUUACUGUGUUCUAGACCUGGCAACCUGCGGUCAAAUCAGAAACUCUGAGACUGUCUUGUAGUCCUUCUGGGAUCUAAGUGUCUCCAACUGACUCAUUGCUGAUAUUUACUGGCAUUUUACGUUGUCUCUGCUUAUGGAGCUUUUAAAAGGAUGUUGAGAAUGGGUUUGCCCUCUAUUGUACCUGGCAACCCGGGGUGUGGCAAUAGGACUGGGCAAUGGCCAGGGACAGUGGGCAGGGUCUAAGGCAGUGUUAAAGGCCUUGCCAUGAGCUGAACAGAAGCUUAGCGCUAACCUGUUCUGGAGAAAAUCAGCAGCUCUGAAUCUGUCUUGUAGUCCUUCUGGGAUCUAAGUGUCUCCAUUUAUCGAAGGCAUUGCUGAUAUUGAACGCUGUUUCAGUCUGUAAUCUGCCCAUGGGGCUUUUUAGAAUGAUGUUGAAAAUGGGUUUGCCUGUUAUUGUGUUCUAUACCUGGCAACCGGGGGUGUGGCAAAAGGACUGGGGAAUAGCUUGGAAAGUGGGCGGGGUCAAAGGCAGUGUUAAAACCCUUGCCAGGAGCUGAGCUGGAGCUUAGUGCUGACUUGUUCAGAAGAAAAUCGGCAGCUCUGAAUCUGUCUUGUAGUCCUUCUGGGAUCGAUAAAUCAAUUAAUCAAGUCAAUCAAGAAACGCCAUAUUUGCUUUAAACUCGUUUAUGGCAUGUUUAGCUUACUAAAAUAGUCCUGCUUUGUGAAAUAAACCAUCACAUAUAUAAAUAACAUCAAAUCAAAUACUCUAUACACAUCAUCAAAACACAAACGGAGAGUUCCUGCAGUCUGGAGACGACUUUAUUUUAAAAUCAUCACUAAAUUUUAUAAAUCAACCUGAUUAAUGAUCAAAUCAUUAUCAGUGUAUUACAGCGGUAAUGUCAUGGGACAGGAACUACAACUCCCAUAAUUCACCUGACCUCACUCACAAGAUAACACCUCACAGCUUGCACAGCUUACAUUCCCAAACCUCGACUCAGCGUAGAACAUUAUAAUUACCACCUUCUACCCUGCUGUACAGAUUUUGUAGCAUUAAUUAGAUUCUUAAUGAUAUUUACAUAUUUAUAUAUAUAUAUAUAUAAUAUUGUUGGUUUGGAAAUAAAUGGGUUUAUGCAAAUGAGUUAGAUUUAUAUACAUGAUGAGAAAGAAAUGCAGUGUAAAGUUUAAAUAUUUUGUUUGUUAUAUAUUAAAAA